AUGACUCUUUCUUUGUUUUCUUCCAGAUUUACAGAGUUUUUGGACCCAUUCCAGAGAGUUAUCCAGCCAGAAGAGAUCUGGCUCUAUAAAAAUCCAUUGGUACAAUCAGACAAUAUACCAACACGCCUCAUGUUUGCAAUCUCUUUUCUCACACCCCUGGCAGUCAUUUUUGUGGUGAAAAUCAUCCGGCGAACUGACAAGACUGAAAUUAAAGAGGCCUUUUUAGCGGUUUCCUUGGCUCUAGCUCUGAAUGGAGUCUGCACAAAUACUAUUAAAUUAAUAGUUGGAAGACCUCGUCCCGAUUUCUUUUACCGCUGCUUUCCAGAUGGAGUAAUGAACUCUGAAAUGCACUGCACAGGUGACCCUGAUCUGGUGUCUGAGGGCCGAAAGAGCUUUCCCAGCAUCCACUCUUCCUUUGCAUUUUCAGGCCUGGGCUUUACAACCUUCUACUUAGCUGGGAAGUUGCACUGUUUCACAGAGAAUGGGCGUGGCAAAAGCUGGCGACUCUGUGCAGCGAUCCUGCCUUUGUACUGUGCCAUGAUGAUCGCCCUAUCGCGCAUGUGUGAUUACAAGCAUCACUGGCAAGAUUCCUUCGUGGGUGGAGUAAUUGGCCUCAUUUUUGCUUAUGUUUGCUACAGACAGCACUAUCCUCCUUUGGGUAACACAGCUUGUCAUAAACCUUACGUCAGUCUUCGAAUUCCGAGCUCCCUGAAGAAAGAGGAGAGACCUACUGCAGAAAAUGCUUCUGGGAUGCCACUUGAGGGGAUAACAGAAGGACCAGUAUGA